AUGCCCGAGCAACAAAAGAAGAAGAGAGUCGGGAAGGCUUGUGACACUUGCCGAAUCAAAAAGACAAAAUGUAAUGGGAAAAAGCCUUGCGAUAAAUGUCUCCAAGAGAAUAGAGUAUGUUCAUUCAGCGACCGCCGGCGUGACAAAGAGAAACACUACCCACCAGGUUACAUCGAAUUAAUGGAAACUCGUUGCAAAUUGCUUAAUAAAUCUCUCGUGAAAUUGGUAACAAUGUCGAUCAAUGGCCUGGAUAUGAAAGCUUUUUUCACCGAGAAAAAUGUCCUAGAGUCGCUUCCAAGUUCGCCGACCGACGCCGAUAGUUGUUGUGGCUCCGGCCACUGCAGCCCAGCUUCCCCGAAUAAUAACUCAAAAAUGAGAAUUUCUAUCAAUAGAGUAAUUGAGGCGCUCGUUAGUAACCAAGAUCUACUCAAGGGCGAGCCUUUAGAAUGGGAAGAAGGUACAAAAAUUGCCUGCAAUUUGGAUCCUAAUAAUGCUGACAAAUCGAUCCUUGCCUUCGCAAAGCACUCUCUGCAAAAGAAAAAGUCCUCAGCACCAACAAUUAAAGAGGAACCAGAAGAAAUAUAUAUCAAAAAAGAGGAUGAAAAUGAGCUAACAAGUGGGUUGAAAUCUCUUGGAGCUUCCAAUUUUAAUUCAAAAUCUUCAUUCUAUAACCACCCAUUAACAAAACCAAUGGCAAUUGGACCACAGUUAAAUGAAACCCUGAGUUCGUUGUCUCCGUCGCUGUCAAUCUGUGAUGAUACAAAUCUAUCAUCCCAAUCAAACGACAAUUCCUUAAAUACUUUGUCCUUCUCGCCAAAUUCAAAGGUAAAUUGUGGUACUCCAGCACUUAACCAUUUCUCAUCCAGUGACCAGAUUUCUCACGUUAACCAGUACCACAAGCAAAACCAUGGCAAGAAAAUGAACAUCAGCUCAUCAAAAAUUUCCUCCGUGUCUUCAUUUGAUAACUCUUCUGAAUUCAGUAUAUUUUCCAAUCUCGGAACAAAUAAUUCCAAUACCUCUUCCACUGCUGCUAGCAUAAAUGGUUAUGGUAACCCAUUGUAUUUUGAUGACAAGAAGGAAUUUUUCGCUCCCCAAGAAAUAGUAGAUGAGCAAGGUAUUCAAGAACCUGACUCUGUGCCAAUGAUGGAUAAUAGCACUUGGAGCUCUACCAACAAUUCGAUGUUCAAUAAUGGGAAUUCCAUGGAUAACAAUGAUUCACUAUUAUCGAUGCCAGUUUCUAUGAAAAUGAUGGCCAAUGCCUCCUCUAAACCAUUAUCGCCAACUACAGAUACCUUCUCAACUGACAUGCCGCUCUUCGACGCUCCUUUCAGCAAUUUGGAUAACUUUGAUAAUGCUAAUUCCAGCCAGCCUGUCACAAAUUUGUCCGAUGAUUUAUUGGUUAACACAGCGGGUAUUAAGCCAAGUAUGAUGUUUGCUAAUACUUCUCAACUUCUAAACAAAAUCGAUCUUUCUUCUCCUUUGGGGUCCCCGGUUCUUGCUUCACCAUUACUCUCCUCGAAUAAUGGAUUAUUGAUCGGUAAUUCGGGUAUCGACAAGUUGACAUUGAACGACUCGAAGCAUUCUCCUAAUGAAGAAUCCCCAAUAUCAGAAGAAUAUUCUCCAGCUCAUACUCCAACAACCGUUGAUUCAAUUAUCACCCUACAUUCCAAUACUAGUGCUACAAAGUUAAUUCGCAAACCGUCAUUAUCUUUAGAUGGUCAUAUUUCGAAACAAACACAAGUCCAAAAUGCUCAUUUACAACACUACCACCACCCACAACAUUCUAAUCAUUCGUAUUCACAUUCACACUCACACUCUCAUUCUCAUUCUCAUUCUCAUGCUGCUGCUCAUGGUAGUUCUCAUAAUCACGGAUUGACGAAUGGGUACCAUCCAUACGUGCAUAUUGCGUCAAAAUUGAAGAAUGGUAGUGAAGAAACCGUAGAUUCUCAUCUGAGCUCAGUGAGUGCCACUAAAAAAUUGAGCCAUUUUACUAAAAAUUCUUCAAAAAAGACCAAUAUUAUUAAUGAAGGCAGGGGAAGUAGUGAUAGCAAUGAUGCGGUGGGCUCUAUCUUUGAUGGAGGCAUGGAUUUUAAUAAUGAUGAGUUCAAGUUGAUUAAUGAUGAUUUGAAUUUGCCAUUUGAAGAAACGGCCGAAGGUGAAGGCUUAAAAGGGGUUUAG